UUGAAACUUGAUUUGCAACUUAGAAAGCCCAGUGCAAAUUUUAUUAUUAUUAUUAUUGUUAUUAACAUUAAUAUUAUUUGUUUAGUUUUUUUUGUUUUGGUUUGUUUUUUGGGGGGCUUUUUAAUCUGUAUUUUCAGCCAAGAGGGCCCUUGGUGUGAAAAAAGAAAAGAAAAGAAAAGAAAAAGAGAAAAUGAGUCUGCUUUGCAUUGCUCUAAUUUUGACCCUGGCCAGCAGUGUGUACAGUGAUGUUAACAGCACUCCCCCACCACUAACAGUGAGGGUUUAUGCCAGCAUCAGCUCCAAUGUCACCCUGCCCUGCCUGGUCCAGCACAGCUCAGGCAUGAUGUCCUUUGGCAGCAAUGGCAUGCGAGUCAAAUGGACCAAGCUGGGAGCUGAUGAGUCUCUGGAUGAGGAUGUGCUGACUUCAAUGGGAUUCCACAAGAAGUCUUAUGGACGCUUUGAAGACCGGGUCUUUCUGCAGGACACUCAUGAUGAAGACGCCUCAUUAGUAAUAACUGAUGUAUCCAUGGACGACAUGGGGAGGUACCGCUGUGAGGUCAUCAAUGGAAUGGAAGACACCAUCCAAGAGGUUACAUUGGGGGUGCUCGAUAACAUAAGCUCCAGUGAUGGUGUUGUGUUCCCAUACUCCCCCCCUGUGGGCCGGUACAACCUGAACUUCCAUGAAGCUGAGCAGGCCUGUCUGGACCAGGAUGCUGUGGUCGCCUCCUUUGAUCAGCUGUAUGAGGCCUGGAGGGGUGGCCUGGAUUGGUGCAAUGCUGGCUGGCUGAGUGACGGCACAGUGCAGUAUCCCAUCACUAAGCCCAGGGAGCCUUGCGGUGGUGCCAAUGCUGUCGCCGGCCUCAGGAACUACGGCCUUCGCGACAAAGACACAAGCCUCUUUGAUGUGUUCUGCUUUGCUUCUGCACUGAAAGGUCAUUUCUAUUGGCUGGUCCAGCCUGAAAGGCUGACCUAUGACGAGGCUGUGCAGGCAUGCCUAGAUGAUGAUGCUGAGAUCGCCAAAGUGGGUCACAUGUUUGCAGCCUGGAAGCUUCAGGGCUAUGAUCGCUGUGAUGCCGGCUGGCUGGCUGAUGGCAGUGUGCGCUACCCAAUCUCCACACCCCGCAAGAACUGCAGCCCCACAGAGGCCGCAGUGCGCUUCAUUGGAUUCCCAGAUAAGAGCCAAAAGCUUUACGGCGUCUACUGCUUCAAAGCCCAGCAGUGAUGGGGCAGACAGGAGUAGUGAAGCCAUAACCACCAAAGAGCAAUACCAACCACAACCAAUACAAACAGCAAUAAAGCAAAUAAACAUGGUCUCUUAAUUAGCAUGAACUAGCAUGAACUCAUUACCUUUUUGAAACUGUGAUAACCUUUUAUAUUGAAUUCUUAGAAAACAAAUGAAUACUGUAUGAUCUAAAGUUCAUAUGCAAUGAUUCACAUAAGAAUUUGUAGCCAUUAAGUGAUUGUGCAUUAAUUGUACACAGACUGUUGAUUAAAAGUCAAUACCAUGUUAGAGUAUAACAAUGUGUCAAAGACAAGGACGUGAUGGUUGAGAAACAUCAUCUAAGUUUGAUUUGUCCACAGAAAGAUUGGAUGUGUGAAGUUCAAGAUUUAGAGCUGUUAAGUGCAGAUGAUAUCUGUUACUUUUUUUUUUUUUUAAACCUGUUUAAAUCUCAAUAUAAAAACAAAAUUGUGCCAUUUGAUGCAUUUAUCACUUCAAAUCAAGGAACUUAAAUUGGUAAGAGUCAUGAACAUAAGUAGGUAUCACUGUUUGAAUUACAGCUAUCAACAUAUUAUCUUGCAGUAAGCAUCACUUCAGCUGGAUCCCUCUCUCCUCAGUGUUAGAGGGCUCUUCUGCCACCUUUUAAACAGCAGGAGGGCUUUUCAACCUGAUGAGCUGUGGUCAAAUCUUUUGCAUAAUUGUUUUAACAAGAAGAUGAAUGUAAAUGUCUUGGAAUGUCAUCCAGUCAGCAUUAAUAGCUCCCAUUAGAUCAGCUCAUGAUUAAAACCUCUGAGAAGCAUUUUCACUAUUGUAGCCUUAUAUGUUUUUUUUUUUUUGUUUUUGUUUUUUUUUUUUGUUUUGUUUUGUUUUUUUACUAAGUGUUUGUAUUUGCUUUUCUAAUGGUGUUUGUCACUAAUUGUUGCUAUUAUUACGUGUGUUAAUUGUUUUUUUUGGAUCUAUUUUAUAUAUAAAAAAAAGACUUUGUCUCACAAUCAAAGGUUUUCAGUGCUGUGAAAUUUGUAAUUCUUUACUGCCAAAUUGAUAUACAGUACAAUACACAGUAGGUGACAUGGUUUCAGCUAAACAUCAGUGAAAGGAGGCUAUGUAAUGUAAUCUUCCACCUACCCCAUCUUUUGUCCUCAGCUUCCCCUUGUAGCACAAUAUACCACUGAUUGUAUAACCGUUGUAGCAACGCUUGUAGAGUGAAAGGACACUUAAUUCUGGUUACGAGAAGCAGCAACAGAUGUAUAAGUGUCAAACAGUGAAGUGGUAUUCAAGUGGAGAUCCACAUUGGCUGCUAUAAAAAAAACACGUUUCCGUUGCUCACACAGAUUUACUGAGGUUACAAGUUGUAAAUAGUGAGCUUCCACUGACAUUUCCACUGACACAAUGUUAUCUCAAAGCCCUAAUUAAUAGUUUAUUAUAGAUGUAAAAUGGUACUGUACCAUUUUAUUCAGUAAUAAACGGGUGGCUAGUUUGAACGGCCUAUUCAGUGAUGCCAGGAUUCAUGCCCAUGCAGUAGUCACUAAAUGCUGCGUCUGAAUGAGUCUUUUUUUUCCUUGCAAGGAAUAAAGCUGAGGGAAAGGCAGCAAAAAGAAAAUCAAGAAAACAUGUAUUUUCACUAGCUACAAAUUUUUAACAGACAGACAUGAUUGUCUAAAAGUGUGACACACACUUGCCCUCACACGUUCAUGUUCCUCUGGUAAAUUACAGCACUAUAUAUAGAUAUGGUACUUGUUGCCGGUUACAUGUGAUAAUUGUGCAGAUGGUGGUGCAUUGUUUACUAAAGCAACACUGAAAUAAAAUGAAACAAUCAUGUCAU